AUGGAUCAAAAUAUCAGAACGCAAGUCUCGCGGCCUGCAUCAGCCUCGAUUCCUCCACAAGGCCCUCCGCCGUUGUCACAUCUUCACCAAUAUCAAGUUCACUCCCCGUAUCAGGUCCCGCAGCCACACACUCUCCCUCCACUCCAACAUCCUCAGAGCCACUCUCCAAUGCCAUCGUAUCUUGGCCAGCCAUUCCGAAAUGAUAUGCCCAGAUAUCCCGUCACUUCAGCUCAUGACGUCUAUGCAGCUUCGACCGCGCCAAUGGCUUCGCACGCCCCGGUGAACAGUCUGCCACCCGCCUCGUUCUUGGGUCAGCACCAGCAACAGCAACAGUUUCCUUCACACGGCCUACUGCCCCCAACAACGGGCCCUCAGGCCUACCCUCAACCAAUUGCACCUGCUCCACCUCGUGAUAGACGUCAUGAGUACGGCAUGCCCGGUGGUCCGUUCACCGGAGCAGAGGACAAGGGCCCAAUGUGGACCACCGCCGAUGGAAUGGCGGCGUCUACCGCUGCAUUUGCACCCAAGGACCCUCCACGUACCCAAGUUGUUGGCUCCCAGGGCCGCCGGGGUAUCCUGCCCAGCGUUCCCGGACGAGCUGCCGUCACCAAUGGUGUAAAUGGUACUGCCAAAGGAACCGCGAUCCCAGCCAAGGACGCGGAUGGCAAAUUUCCUUGCCCGCACUGUAACAAGACAUACCUCCAUGCAAAACAUCUCAAGCGACAUCUGUUGCGCCAUACUGGUGACCGUCCUUACAUGUGUGUUCUUUGCAAAGAUACAUUCUCUCGAAGCGACAUUCUUAAGCGUCAUUUCCAGAAAUGCUCUCUAAGACGAGGCAAUCCGACCGGAAUCAGCCAUUUGUCUCACCCUCAUGCUCAUCUUAAAAAGGCUCAGGCAGCGGGAGUUGUGCCUAAACCGGUUCAGGGUGAUGUUAGUAACCCCAUCUCACUUCCCAAUGGUAUUGGCAGUACUACGUUUGGUGAAGCGCCCGUGAACGGGCAUGGGGUUACAAUGGCUCCUGGCCAUCAACCCCGCUUCGCAGAACAUCAGCCAUUCGGUUAUCCCAUGCCCUCUCAUGCGUCAGCGGUACAGGGUGGUAGUGGCGGCCUCGCUCGUGGUCCCUCGGACCAGCAAGUCGCCAAUGCUGCUGCCCAGUACCCUCCGCAUCAGCAGCAGCAUCAGAAAACCUGGGUGGCUGAUCCCAAACACAACUCUUCGUCGUUCCUUAUGCAGUCUGGAACUGACUCUGUUGGCCAGCCGACCAGUAUUGCUCUUCCUCCGAUCGAUGCUAAGAUUCCUUCCGAUAACAAACAGGCUCCUCCCCAACAUCAACCCCCACAACACCCACAACAUCCACAGCAGCAGAACAUUGACUGGGCUACGGUCCUGCAGCCGGGUUCGCAUGAAAAUUAUAUGCCCGCACCGGUUUAUCCUACAUCUAUGACACCAGUCAAUGACGCAAUGCAUGCGCAUGUCGAUGCCGAUCGCAAGUACUAUCCUGCCACCACAGCUGGGCAGCAGGAGAACGGAGGUUUGAAUGGUCUCUACCUUGCCUCCACCAGCUUAAGCGGAGAUGGAACCGUUCAGCCAGCUAGACAAUAA